GAGAGAAACAGAGCAUCAGUCAAAAUGCAGGCAGAGACUCUGGCUGUGAAACCUGAGCCAGGGGCCAAAUAUAGCCCCACACAGCGAGCAGUUAGGGACCGGGACAGAUGGGACAGCAGGCCACUGCAGAGGCAGUACGCAAUUGGACCCUGAACCUGAGAGAUCCUGCCGACUGUCUGACCAAUAAGGCUGCUCUUCUGGGAAGAGAAGCUUCUUUUAGGCUCUUUUUACUGUUUAUUCAAGACAAACCUGGAAGCACGAAACCAGGAGGACAGAUAGCACGCUUCAAGGAUGCAGGACGGGAGUUGGAAUCAACCAUUCCCCAUCUCUGUUCUGCUGAAGGACCCGGCGGGAGGCGGGACUUUGGAGGGCGAUGGUGGGGUGUUUUCUGAGGCGUCCUCUGAUGGGGAACUGUACCUGGACUCAGUGACAGAGCUGGAUUCUGGAGACGGGGACUUUGCUGAUCUUACUGCUUUCUUGAAUGCAGAUGAGAUCAAUCUUAGCCUGGACCUGGCCCGGGAGGCCUUUGGUGAAUCUGAAGAUCCAGGCCCAUCUAAUCCGACACCCAAGGAGCAGGUUCUCCAACAUGUCCCCUCCUUACCUGUGCCUCCCCAGACUACUCAAAACCUCAGCAAAAGCCCAAACCUGCAGCACCUGACCAAAGCACCCUGCCCAGAUGAAAAUGCAAGAAUUAAUGUCUCCUCCAGCCAGAGCACCCCCUUCAGCAAACCCGUUCAAGUGUUCAGUGAGGCUUCGCCCUCUGCUGAGAAGGUUGUAUGCCACAAACCCCUCCAUCCAGUUUAUAAACAGGAUAAACCCAGACUGGUUCAUGAAGGCCUGGAGCUGAAUGAUCGUUCAGGUUCAGCCUCAGAGUUCUGCAGCCGAGCGGCCACCUUCAUCGAGGAACUGUCCUCCAUCUUCAAAGGUGCUGCACAGGUGGAGCCGCCAGUAGAGGAGGACUCCUCCUCCCCUGAUAGUGGUUAUCUUACUCCGAGGAGCCAGCGACCGGUCCCCCAGGGCUCAGUCUAUGCGCCCCCUCUGCCCCCCAUCCAACAAGAGGACACACAGUUCAGCCACCCAGCCGUGAACGUGGAGCCUCACCCUGCAGACACGACAGACACGAAAGACACGACAGUCACGACAGACACGACAACUUCUACAGGGUACCAAAACUCUGGAGCUCCAUCCAGUUCCGGGCCACUGUCUCCUCCAUGUUUCCUCCACAAGCUGAAGAGUCAGGAGGUGGCAGAAGGAAGCCCCAUCCGUCUGCAGUGCAGAGUCGUAGGAAACCCGCAGCCUCUCAUCAGGUAG